AUGCCUGGCAUCAACUUCAACGCUCCGGUGAUUCGUUUGGGUGUUGAUGGACCAAGAGCUGGCGGUCCUCCAGACAACAGAAAUGGCGGCGAUCGCGGUGGAAGAGGCGACCGAGGAGGCAACGAUAACAUGGGCAAUCGGGGCAGAAUGGGACUCGGCAUGGACAACGAUCGUGGUCCAAGAAAUCUGGAUCGCGAGAGACAGCAGGUUCGCGACAAUAUGCUUGCUCUCCAACCACCCACACGAGAAGAGGUUGCGCGCACGGUUUUCAUCGGUGGUCUCACUGAAGGCGCGCCGAAUGACGAUCAGCUCGAGGCCAUUCUGCGGUGCGCGGGCAAGCUACGAAGGUGGACACGCGCACGGGACGCAGACGACAAGAGGUGCAAGUUUGGAUUUGCGGAGUACGAAGAUGUGGAGAGUCUGGAAGCGGCGAGCGAGAUCUAUCAAGAUGUCGAAGUGCCUCUUUUCAACGCGGAUGGGUCGGCACAGAAGGAUGAGGACGCUGAGGAAGAGGUCAAGAAGACAAAGCUUCUGCUGGUCGUGGACGACGCUAGCAAGAAAUACAUUGAAGAGUGGAAAGGUCGUGUAAAGGAGGACGACGAUGCGCGACAAUUCCGAAUCGACGGCUGCAAAGAGGAUCUCAGAUCGGUCAUUGCAACUCUAGCCAAGAGCGCUGCAGUCAACGGCGUGAAUGGACAUCAUGAUGGGGAUGUGGUGAUGGGAGAGACCAACGGGAACUCAGCCGAAGUCAUAAACAUUCCAACAAGCACUCUCGAAGACGACCUGGCCGACAUCCCUGCGGAGAUGCGCGCAACUGUUGCUGAAGAGAUCAAGAACUUCCGCGAUCGGUCCAACCGAAGAGAUAUCGAACGACUCCGCCGCGAGGAAGAAAUGGAGCAGAACGAGCGUAAUCGUGCGACUGCUGCAGCUCGAGCGAACCGGCAGGCGUCUCCUCCACCUUCCGCUGGUGCCGGCCGAAUUCCUAGCGGCCCUCGUGGAACACAUGGUGUGUCAGGUGCUCCAUCUGGUCCGAAGGGCUUCCGAGGCGCACAGCUUCCAAGCGACUACGUCAACGGUGUGGUGUUCGUUCCUGGUGUAGGACCCAAUGGCGCCGGUACUCAUGUAUCUAUCAACCGCGAGGAUGACGAUGCAGAGGAGUCAGACGAUGAGCUGGAGCGCAGACGAGAGGCAAAGAAGAACGCCGAACUCGACGCACAUCAUGAAAGUCAAGUGCAAAAAUGGCAGGCGAAAGAGCGCUCUCGCCGGGCGGCUGCCGACCGCGAGCGCAAGCGCCAGGAUGAUGAGGAAAGGAACUUUGCGCGAGCUCGAGAGGAUAUGCUCGCCCGGCUGGCAAAUUGGAACGACGACGAACAAGCUGAUAUCCGGAAGGAAUUGUACUACAAGGAUCGCUCCGUUUGGCUUCGCAAUCGCGAGGCACCUCGCGAUACGGAACGCCGAGAUGACGACCACGACCGGAGAGCGGAGGAGAGAGAGAAGGCUGAUCAGCGUCGACAUGAGGCGGAAGCUCAAGGCCAGGCGAAUAGCUUCCUCGACUCUAUGGGCAGCGAUUUGGGUACCAAGGGUGCUGAACGCGAGCAAGCUCCAGCAGCAGGUUUCGGAGGUCUCAAAUUUAGCUUGGGAUCUGCAGCGGCAGCUAAGACGAAACAGCAGCAGCCGGCCAUCAAGCGUGCGUUUGCAGACAUUGAAGGUCUGCUCGAAGACGAAGAAGAUGCUGCGGCAGCAGGUACGAGGCGUCUCGAACUCAAGACUCUGCAAGACACCUCUACCGUGCCCAUCUCUGGCGCCGAUCUCACGGAAGAAGAAAAGGGCGAAGCGCGCCAGCAGCUCGCAACGGAGAUCCCGACAGAUUCGACGGCGCUGUAUGCUCAGCAGAUCAAGUGGAAGUCUCUGUCUCGCAGCCUUGUGGAUGAGCAGAUCAAACCGUUCAUCGAGAAGAAGAUCGUGGACUACUUGGGUGUGCAGGAAGACUUCCUUGUGGAUGAGAUUAUCCAGGGUAUCAUGGAUCAGAAGAAGCCGGAGGUCAUGGAGGAGGAGCUCACGGGACCUCUGGAGGAUGAGGCGCCGCUGUUGGUGAAGAAGCUGUGGCGUUUGUUGGUGUUCUGGGGAGAGUGUGCUAGCAGAGGGUUGUAA